AUGGAGCAAGAGAGACAAAUGUCCCCUAAACGCGGAACGAGCGCCAACAAGAGGGUUAUUGGGUACUAUGAGGGCUGGUCAACGUCCAAGGCCUGCAAUGGACUGAAUCCCGAGAAUAUGCUGUACACAGCUUAUUCUCACCUCAACUACGCUUUUGCCUUUAUCAAUCCCAAGACGUACGAAAUCGCCAACAUGCAGGACUCAGACACAACGUACAUGCCUCGGUUGACCGCCCUGAAAACUACAACCCCGAUUUGCAAGUUUUCGUACAUAGCCAUAGGAGGGUGGAGCAUGAACGAUCCAGAUCAACCUACGAAACGCACGUUCUCAGAACUCGCGGCCUCUGCAGCCGCCCAGAAAGCCUUCUUCUCCUCCCUCCUAUCUUUUAUGGAUAAGUAUGGUUUUGACGGUGUUGAUAUAGACUGGGAAUAUCCCGUGGCAGAGGAGAGGUCCGGCAAGGCCGAAGAUUUCAAGAACUAUGUGACGUUCCUCAAGAACCUUCGAGGAGUCCUUGGGUCCAAGGGUCUCACACUCACGCUCCCUGCGUCGUACUGGUACCUACAGCAUUUCGAUCUCAAGAACAUGGAACAGUAUUUGGACUGGUUCAACGUCAUGAGCUAUGACUUGCACGGUACCUGGGAUGGGACCAACCCCUAUCUCGGCCCGUAUAUAAACUCUCACACGAACCUGACUGAGAUUGACCUGGCUUUGGAGAUCCGAGAGAUUAUCAAUGCUGGCGGCGCCCAGGUCACCACGGACAAGAAAGCGGCCGUCAAGAUCGUAACAUGGGGUAAUAACCAGUGGGUGUCGUACGAUGAUGAGGAGACGCUCAAAGCCAAAAUGGACUACGCCAACAACCUCUGCCUGGGCGGUGUUAUGGUCUGGGCUGCUUCUACCGACGAUAAUAAAGGCACGGCAAUCCGCGCUUUAGCCAAAGCCGGUGGUCGCGACGACUUUUCGGUUGCGCUGAAUGCGCGAGCCGUCAAGACAGACGCCAGCAAGUGUGUCUGGGGGGAGUGUGGCGCAUCCUGUCCCCCGGGUCUGGUACCCGUCGAAAGUUCAGGAAGCAACGCGAGUCCCCUGGGCAUCGAAUCUGGAUGCAACAAGGGCAAGCGCAACCUCUGCUGUCCAGCGAAGAGCCCCCCCACCUGCAAAUGGAAGGGUAGUCCCAAGUUCUGCGGCAUGCUGGCCAAGAACAGGUGCAGCGGCAAAGAAAUCGAGGUUGCGGCGAGCACCGACGGCUGCUGGAUAGGCCACAAGAGUUUAUGUUGCAGCAAGACCGACUCGACCUCGAAUCUCGACUCCUGUGAGUGGCUCGGCGCUGCGCCGUUCUGUUCGACUGCAGCUGGGAUAGGAACUGUGAUCGGGCUUGGAACUACUCCCUUCACCGGAGCUUUCUCAUUCACAUCUUAUGGAUGUCCAAAAAUGGAAAAGCCCAAGGAGCUUACCAAGUCAAAGCAGGGCGAAGGAGGUCAGCAGAGCUGCUCUUAUAACGGUGGGUUCAAGAGUUACUGCUGCAGUGAUCCCGCUCCAUGGAAGGGCUGUAAGUGGAGAGCUGGGGGCACGACGUGGGUGCAGUGGGAGAAGAUCUUGGCGGGCCCCCUCAUCAAUCUGUUCGUCGACUUCUCGACCGACUGCAAGACUGGCUGUGACGAUGGAGAGGUGACCGUGGCCACGGACGGCUUUGGCUGUCGAUCAGGCACUUACUCAUACUUCUGCUGUGACGACCCUAAUAAACCGACAAAUCCAACUCCGCCAGAAAUCAGCCUAUGCCCGGGGCCAGCCUACGUGUCAGGGCUCUCGAGAACGCCAGAGGCAGGCUCUGCGGCAAAGAACAUCUUCGAGGAAGGGAAUGUCUUCGACGCCAAAUGUCCAUCACUUCCUGGAGGGAAAAGACGGCGGCUAGCGCACUAUCCGCGUAUGCGAAGAGAGGUGAACAGUACCAUUGGCGUCAACCAUACCCUUAUCAUAGAGCCUCAUGCUGCCCACCUUGGAUUCCUCUCGGAGAGAGCAUUGUUCGGCCGAGAUUUCGACAUUGAGAAGCAUGGUGUCAGAGGACCUUUGAUGGCGCUGUGCGACCCUAAGGGUAAUGGAAGAGCCAGUUUAUAUACGCAGAACCAUCCAGGCGCACCCUCCGUACUUAAGCUGACUGGGAAGGCUUGGACGGUGGCUCGAAGGGGAGUCUGCGCCGCGGUUGGUGUGACAGGUCUCCUCACACUAGAUCCCAACGCGGACUGGGUCACAGAGCACGUCUUUGAAAAACAAGAGCUGCGCGACAAUAUUGAAUACAUGUUGAAGGGCACAUUGCCGGACGGGACACCGCUGAAGGCUGGUGCCGUCCCGUUUCAGGGCGUGUUUGAUGACAAGGGGCUCUUCCAGAACAAUUGGGCCUCACCUCCCUCACUGGCGGUGGCCCGGAACUGGGUUGGCAAUAUCCAGGAUACCUUCUUUGGCAUUCUGGGACGCACCUCCGAUGCAGGCCUGAACAACCAGUACACGGCGAACCUCCAGGUGUGCGAUGCCGACUUCAACCGUUAUAAGGAGUACAUAGUGGCCGGGUCGGAGUGGAUGAGCAACGCGGAAUGGACGCAGUACGACGCCAUGGACCGUAUCGGCAUCCUGACCGAUGUCAUCGACAGCUUCGGGUACCGCUCCAAGGACAUCGUCGUCACAUCGUAUUCAACGAGUAACACGGGCUUCACGACACUCUGGGGCGACUUUGCCAAUCAUGCAGCCGCCAACGGCGUCAAUUACGACUUCGUGGGCGCCUGGAAGGAGAUUGUCGCCGCCAAUCUGAAGUACCAGGUGAAGACGGCCACCACACUCUUCUUGAAGUACCUCGAUGGCGAGAUCGCUUACUGGGCGUCGGCGGCGGCCAAGAAGGCAUAUACACCAGCUAUUGUGGCGGCUGAAGCCGCGAAAUUGGCAGACUUCAAGAGAGAUGUUGCUACACUGCUAGCGCUGCCGAUUUCCAAGAUGACGGCCUAG